GCAUACCACGCCAACACAAACAUCUCCCCUCUCCUCCUCACCUGCGAGCCGACGGUGGUGCCGCGCUGACCCACCCGCCUCCUCUUCGUGCGACGCGCCGACCCGCCAUCAUCCUCUUACUUCUCGUGCGACGACCACCUAAGCAUCAAUUCAAGUUACUUUUCGAGAAAAGAAAUUGAAGGAUUUUUUCAGCGAUUCGAAGAAAUUGAAGACUUGGGUGGUCAUGGCAGAGGGAGAGGAAGACUUGCCCAGGGAUGCGAAGAUUGUGAAGUCAUUGUUGAAAUCUAUGGGUGUUGAGGAGCAUGAGCCCCGUGUUGUGCACCAGUUUCUGGAACUGUGGUAUAGGUAUGCUGUUGAUGUUUUGACGGACGCACAAGUUUACUCAGAACAUGCUGGCAAAGCCACAAUAGACUGCGAUGAUAUCAAGCUUGCUAUCCAAUCAAAAGUGAAUUUCAGCUUCUCACAACCACCACCUCGGGAGGUUUUACUGGAACUGGCUAGAAACAGGAACAAGACCCCAUUACCAAAGAACGUUGGAGGCUCAGGAAUUCCACUUCCACCCGAAGAGGACACACUAAUUAGCCCUAACUACCAGCUAGUGAUUCAAAAGAAGCAGAACCCCCAGACAUUAGAAGAGACAGACGAAGAAGAGACAGCUGCUCCUAGCUCAUCUCAAGAGCCAAAGAUCGAAGGUCUGCAGAACACUCCGCAGAGAGUCUCCUUUCCGCUGGGAGCCAAGCGCCCGAAAUGACUUCCAACCAUCACUAAUUGGACUCAACAGUUAUUACAUACUAGUACCUUGUUUGAGCAAAUCGUUUCAAGUGAGAUCGGCCAAAACUGAUGUAUGUACAAAAAUUGCCUGUAUUUUCUUACGAAAAACACUAGCGUCACUGCGCCAGUGUCAGAUUAAUUUGUAUGCUUCUGAAUAUCCUUAUCAGGAGCCUGAAAACCUACCUCAUGUUCUGUAGUGUUCCUUUGCCUGUAUUAAUUUAUGAAAUAUCUUGCUAAUUACAUCA